UAAACUCCUAUGUGUAUAUACUUAGUUCAGCAGGUUGCAAAGCAGCAAGUCGAUCUCCAAUUUGCUCCCACCAAUAGCUGGAAUACUACAGACAGAUUGUAGUAAACACACUACUUUCACAGCAGGGGUGUGUUAUUGCUGCUUUUACUCGCAUAGGAGUUGACACAAGGUAAGACAUAGCCUCAAAUACUUUUAGCUUUGAAAUGGCAUUGGUUUACUAUAGUCCAUUCCUUCUCUAUAGCUCAUUUUUAAGUUGUAUCUAUUAGCUUUGCUUCAAAUGUUAUUCAUUUAUGUAAGAUGAGUAUCCUAGUUUAUUGAUAUGUAUAAUCAUCACAUUUUAAUUCAUCUCACUUUGUUGUUGUAUUUGGAGGCUAUAGUAUUUUGAUGCAAGAAUAAAGUAUCUCAUUACACCUGUCUAAAAUAAAUAAUGGAUUUAUUGUGAAGGUGUAUUUUAUAUAACAUGGAUUUAUUAGACUUGUAGAUGUUCCAAAGGUCUGCAUCAGUGGCUUGUAGGCUAUGUGUAGAAGCCAGGAUAUGCUAAAUGUGUUUAUGUUAAUUAACGGUCAAUUACCGUGAGACCGGCAGUUAUUUGCUUGACAAUCACCGGCUGACAAAAUGUUGUGACCGCCACAGCCCUAAUGGCAGCAUUAACGUUACGAACACAUGUUGCACACACGCACACGCACACACAUACACAUAAACACACACACACACACACACACACACACACACACACACACACACACACACACACACACACACACACACACACACACACACACACACACACACACACACACUGACAAACAGUGUCUUCUGCAGGUUUCAACUGUGAUCAAGAUGGGCAAUGAACAUUCCGAAAACAAGGUAUGUUUGAUAAUAGCCUACUUUUACAGCAUGCAUGCUUUACUUUGAAUGUUGGAAUAUAGGGGAAAGAAGUAUAGUUGUGGCAUUUUACACCCAAUGGAAGUGUUUGCUGUCUAAUAAUAGUAGUUUCAAGUUACAAGCAGUAAUAUAUUAGAGAUAUUACGUGUGCACAUACAUCUAAUACUAAUUGAUGGUCCGUACAAAAUGGAGUAACGAUGAAAGUGAUGUGAUGAAAACAAUGAUGACAAGAGAAGCUUAUGUCAACAAUCUUUCUUCUCAUAGGCCGAGCAGGCUCCAGAAAAGCAUCUGAAUGGAGGCUUGAAUGGCCAUGCUGUAAGCAUCUCUUCCAAUGGCCUGGAGAAUGGUGUGUCUAUGAGUGAUUUAAUAGCCAUUUAUCCUGUUGUCACCUGAUUGUUACCCCAUGAUCAAUAACAACUGGAUGCAACACCUCUGUCUGUGAUGUCUAUCAUGUUAACCUAGUUAUAUAUGUACUACUCCAAUGGGAUUAUAUGACACUGACAGUAUCCCUUGUAAUCAAUCUUGAAUUGCUGGAUUAGUCUGGGUCAAUUUACAAGUCUCUCAUAAUUCUCUGUAAAUACAGCAAUCUGUCAAUGCUACUGGGUGGUGUUCAAUGUUAACUAUAGGCGUAGCCUUCAACAUAGAGGAUGAACAGAUGUUUGAUCAGUCCUUGUGUAUAUUGUCUCACUGGAUCAACAGUUAUGUACAAUGAUUUGCAGGCCAAGUCCAUAUGUAUUUUCUUUAAGGGCGAUAAUAUUGAUAUUGGUAAUCUAUUCGCUAGCAAGUGAGCAACUAAAGCCACUGUUUCCAGACUGUGUUUGUUUCACACAACUAGCCUGUAUGUCCCCAGUAGCAUGUUAGUUUUACAUACAGCGCAAGGAAAGGUUUUGCUUGCAUUUAGCUUAGGGUAAUGAGCCUAGCACUGCAUUGAUUAGUCAUAGAGGUAGUAUCAUUAGGAAACUCCUUUGGUAAAGUUGCAUACCAUUUCCUAUACCCUCCCAUGUUCUACUGAAUGACAUGUUGGGAACUAAGAUUAAUAAUAAUUAUCCUCUUAGAUGUAAGUUCCCCUGUUUUGGGGAUCUGCGUGGUUCUGGUACCGGUUCCGACCGACAUUUCCGCUUACAAAUCGACCUGUGGACACGUAGAUCGAAAUGGCUUUCAUUGAGCGAUAGCCCUGGUUCCCACCCACACAGUAGGAUUUUUUCGGAGCCUGUGUGACGUAGGACGUGAAAUCUGAAACCACUUGAAGCUGGGAUGUCCCUCCUACCAUUUCAUUCGCUCUUCCGACUGUCCAUCAACUCCAGGCUGAACCCUACAUCAAAGCACAUAAAUGUCUGCAAUCGUUAAAUCUUAGCGCAGCAGGAGAGAGUGAUUUCUUCACGGUAUCACAAUCAGAGAUCCAUUUAUAGCCAUUAUUCUAAAAUAAAAAACAUUUUCUAUUUGUCAUAGACGGACAAUAUUAAUAUGAGAUGGAAGGCGAGUUCCUAACGAGUUCAGGAAGCCAAUCUAGAGCUCUGUGAGACAUUCACAGUGAUGGGGCAGACGUUUUGAUCAAGAGAGACCUAUAGAAAAUAUGCACAUUUUCUCUAACACUAAACAUACAAAUGUGUAUUUUACAGUUAGUUUAAGGAAUGUGAAAUCUUAUAGUUAGUCGUUUUAUAAUUUGAUGAUGCCAUACUUAGAAAGCAUAUAAGUCAUUUCAAGCGUUAUUCAUACAGUUUUGUUGAAUAGGAAAUACAUCAUAUAAAAUAUACAUUGUACCGUGUACUUGAGCAAUUUAUAAAACAUUUUUUACCAGAAAGGUGAGAUUUUUACCUUUCUUUGAGUAUGCAGCAUUACUAGUUAUUGUUUAUGGCCCUCAUGAUAAAUAAUUACUUUAGGGGAUUACGUAGAUUACAUUUUCGAUUAUGUUUAGUUACAUUGAACUGGCUAAUUUCCAUUACCGGACAUCAAAAUGAUCAUAGCCAGGUAUUACAUGAUGCCCGUGUACAAAUGAUGAAUCAUAUCAUAUAACUUUAUUUGUCACACAAACUAAUUUACUUAUAUCUUGCAGUUACCAGUGAAGCAGCUGUGGAGCAGAACAGUAAGCCUCCCUCAGUGCCUCCCUCUGAAGAGUCAGGUAUAGUGGAGGCAGAUGGCAGUGGUCUUGGGCCUGUGGUGAUGGAACAGGAGUAUGCCAUCAAGAAGGUUCCAGAAGUGGAACCAGAGUCUCAGAAUGCUAAGACUCAAACCACACCGGAACUUGAACCAGUCCCCCAAGAGAAGGAGGAGCCCAAGAACAGUACGAAAGAAAAAGUGAACAUCUUUGAGAACCUGUUCAAGAAGAAAGCUAAACCUCAACCCAACCCUGAUCCAGCCCUGGAAAAGGAGGAGCCCAUAAAGAAGAAGAUUGUGGAGGAGAUUAAGAGUUCCCCAGAAGACCAGAAAGUCCCUGUGGCUGUGACCAAUGGGAUCCAGGCUGUAAGUAUCUAAUCAGUGAUCCCUUCAAGUUGGGUUGGCAUUAGUUCCAUUUCAAUUUCACUCGGUGUACUGAUAAUUAAUUAAUGAUCAUCAACUCCUAACUUGAGAUUUUUACAUAUCGAAAUCUAAGUGAUUUUGGUUAUUCCAAUGUAGUUAACUAAGGAUAUUGCCACUGUAAUGUGAGGUGUACUGGGAAUUGGUAACAUUGAUUUACAGUAAUAUUGCAUCUGUUGCGAGAAUAUCCACAGGUCAUUCUUCACUUUCCCAGUGUAUAACAAAGCUUAUUACAGAUCUACCAAACAUCCCUGUUGAUUCUUGUUAUAAAGGAGACAAACGAAGGUGUCAUUUCCUUGCCAUCAUCCAUUGAACUGGAUUGGGAAAUAUUGAUGGCUGCACGUUUGUUUCCAAUGCAACUGGCAGUCAGAUUCCCAUUUCGGGAGGCAGAAUCUGAACUUCCAUUACUGCCUGAUUUGCUUGCGGCAGACGCCAUUGAAAUCGCCACUGAAACCACUGAAGAGCAGCCAGAAACCACUGAAGCGCAACCUACGGACAAGAGUGUCAGCCCACCUGAAGAAGAGCCUACGGAGGAUAGUGUCAGCCCACCUGAAAAGGAGACAACAGAACUGGUCAUUGGUGAAGAAGUCACAGAGGAUAAAACUGUAGAGGACAGCACUGCACCUGAAGAAGAGCUGGAAGACAUUGCAAGUGUCCAUGAAGAUGUAGCUGCUGUAGAGUCAGCAAUGGCUGAAGAACUUGAAUCUAGCCCCAUAAGUACUGUAGAGCCUACAGUGAAGAGUGUCAGCCAACCUGAGCAAGAGCCUGAGAGUGUAAGCCCACCUGAAAUGGCUGAAGAACUAGAAGAGAUGAAAGAACUUCUUGAAGAUGUAGCUUCUAUAGAGUCAGUGGAACCUCAAUCCAGCCCACCCAAAGGAGAAAGGUGCCACUCUCCUUACUUGGUGUUGGAGAAUGAUGGAAGUGAAUCUAGUCAUGCAUGGACAGUUGUUGAGGAAGAUCCAAUUUCCAAUCAAGAGGUCCCUGGUGAAACAGAGCCGGUACCUGAGGAUGAAGACACCAUUUCACAACCAGAGGACAUUUGUGAUUCUGAAGAAGACAGGAACGAGGAUGAAGACGAAGGAGAUGCACUUUCUGGAGAUGCUACAGCAUCGUUGAGGUUGCUCGGUCAGCUGCAAUCGGCAUGUAUGAAAAUCAUUGAAGAAUCAACAUAUAGGCCUAUCAGUGUCAAUGCUGGGGUGUCUACGGAGGGCUGCACUAUUUACAUUACACUUGAAGUCAGUCUGAGGCAGAGAGGCCAGUCGAAAUGAGACUGGGGCUAAAAUAUUUGGAGUAAUUUUCAGCCUGAGGAGCAGGAUCCUCCUCCUAAAACCUCAGAGAAGACCCACUGGGCACAGACGUCAGUUCAACGUCUAGUUUUGAUUUACAUUUGGUUGAGUUGUCAACUAACAUGAAUUCAACGUGAAAUCAACAAAAAAUGUCACCAUGUCAUUGGAUUUAGGUUAAAAGUUCUGUGAAAAAAUAUGAAAUGCCCUUAUGUUGAUGACUAUUUGCAAAUCUAAUCAGUUUCCAUGUUGAUUCACAUAGAUUAUUUUGGUUGAAAUGACAUGGAAACAACAUUGAUUCAACCAGUUGUUGCCCAGUGGGUAGAUUGUCCUGUGAAUAAAUUAUUUAAACAAUGUGAAAAACAAUGAAAUUGAACUUAGACUAUUUGAAGUAUUAGUUAUUUUUAUUAAUUUAUUUAUAGCUAACUUGACAUGGUUAUAUGGUAUGGUUUAUUAUUUUAUUUUACCUGUAAUCUUUACAAUUAAAAGUUUCAAAAGUUUGAUUUAAAAGAUGGUGUGUCAAUGUGUGUCAAUGUUUUACUUGUAUCUGCCCCUAUGUAAAUAAACAAUUCAAAUUCUAUUCAAUUAUUUACAUUUAAUCUUUUACUAAUGUGUACAGAUGUAGGAUCUGAUUUGAUCACUCUUUUGUUGAUGAGAAUUACCCCACACAACAGAAAAUGGUCAUUUGUAGAUUAUUCAAUGUUUAAAAAGGCUUCUAAAGUUAGCAAUUUCCACUUUAACAUUUCAGACUUAAUUUCACCUAAUUUAAAAUGUAUCAACCCCUACAAAAAAUGUCCAUGAAUUAUAAUCUAUAUAAUAAUUCACAUUUCCUGUUGCUGAAGGAUUAUUUUCCUGCUGUAGCAAACUGGCUCAAAUUAAGAUCCUACAUCUGUAGAUCAGUCUGUGGAGUUUAUGUAGAGGGGAUGGGAUGUGUAAACAUAUUAGAUAGAGUCAAAUCGUGUUCCGGUUCAACAUAUAGUGUUGUUCAAUGACUGGAGCCAAGCCUAGAAGAUGAAUGAGCAUUGUUUAAUUUAAACUAAGUCAUAUUACUGUAAGGAAUAUUCAAUUAAAUUGAAAUAUCAUCAGAUAAGUAUGGGGGAUUUUCUUACAAUAUCAACAUACCACAAAACAAAACAAGAUAUUUGAGUUUGCUGACAUUUCUCAGAGCAAAGAGACAGAAGUCUCCAACAUUGCUGAAUAUCAAUGAGUGUGGGUGGAAACAGGCAUUAAUAAAAGGAUGAUUGUUGAUGAUGCCUCGAGUAGGCAGAGGCAUGGUUGGAAUUGUGCUUCAAUCUCAGUGCUGCGUCUAACAAACUCAUUGCUUGUGUAUCAGCUUCACUGCUCAAACACUCUCUUUUUUGAGGGCUCAUUCUUUGCGGUUGUCUAUAGGAGCCAUUUGCUGAGGUACAGGAGGAUACAGAGACUUCAGAGGAGCGUCCCAACCCUAGUCCACAGGCAGAGGAGGUCAAAAGCCACAAAAUUGGCGAGGAAAGCAGUCACAUUCAGGAAAACCAAGAGGGAGAGACUCAAACAGAAGAGAAUCCAGUUAUGAACUUCUUCAAAACACUAGUAAGUAGAAUUUUCAUUGGAUUUGAUUUGUAUUGUUUAAAGAGUUGAAGAGUUAUUUUAACAGUAAGGUCCGUAAGUGAGUAGAUAUACACAAAAUAUUUGAUCUAUUUGCCUCAUGUUUGUUUUAAAAUACGUUUAAAAAUGACACUACUUCAUAAAUCUGUAAACUUUGACAAAAUAUUUCAAGCCUUUGUAAAAGUCCAACUGUGAAACCACUACAAACACUAUUGAAGAACCACAAUUUAUUUGGUAUGGAAAAGAAAGAUUGCCAUAAUGCUGUCAUAAUUCCAAAUAAUGCCUCUGAAUAGCAAAACAUUUAGCCUAAUGCUUGAUUAUGGUAUGGUAAUCCUAAUAUUCUGUUGUGAAGUAGGGACCACAGAAAAUUACAUGAGGAAACAGUGGUCCAUCAGUGAUGUCAUUGUAUUUAAGACUGUAUAGUGCUGUCAGUGAUCAUUGUGUGUGAAAAUAUGUGUAGAGGCAGCAUGAGGGCGUCUCUAAGACAGAGUGACCACGUCUUGAAGGAAUGAUUACACAGGCAGCUAUUGUCAUUUCUCUUCAUCAUGCCUUCUUUUGGAAUCAUGCCUCCAUAAAGAGUUAACAUAGCUCCAGCUCCAGCCCCAUGCCAAUCAAAUCCUUUGAACAUGCGGGAAUGUGGUGGUCUUUUGUUCAGCCUAUAGUGUGCGCUCACAAGGGAGGCCUGUGCCAUUGGAAGUUGAGAUGCGUGAAGAUAGAGCGAGGGAAGGCCUACGCCAUCCCCUGAGCACAAUGGCCGUCACAGUGAGAGAGCAUGUACUGUAUGUGCUUUGCCAGGGACCUCUUUGUGUGCCAUCAGUUAGACAACCGUAGAUGUCAAUGGCUACAGUGCCUUCUGAAAGUAUUCAUACCCCUUGACUUAUUCCACAUUUUGUUGUUACAGCCUGAAUUCAAAAUGGAUUAAAUAUAUGUUUUUAUUUCUUCUCACCCAUCUACACACAAUAGCCCAUAAUGACAAAGUGAAAACAUGUUUUUUAAGACUUAUUUACAUAAGUAUUCACACCCUUGAGUCAAUACAUGUUAGAAUCACCUUUGGCAGUGAUUACAGCUGUGAGUCUUUCUGGGUAAGUCUCUAAGAGCUUUGCACACUUGGAUUGUACAAUAUUUGCCCAUUAUUCUUUGCAAAAUUCUUCAAGCUCUGUCAAAUUGGUUGUUGAUCAUUGCUAGACAACCAUUUUCAAAUCUUGCCAUAGAUGUUCAAGCAGAUUUAAGUCAAAACUGUAACUUGGCCACGCAGGAACAUUCACUUUCUUCUUGGUAAGCACCUCCAGUGUGGAUUUGGCCUUGUGUUUUAGGUUAUUGUCCUGCUGAAAGGUGAAAGCAGACUGAACCAGGUGUCUGGUGGAAAGCAGACUGAACCAGGUUUUCCUCUAGGAUUUUGUAUGUGCUUAGCUACAUUCCAUUUAUUUUUUAUCCUGAAAAACUCCCCUCCCCAGUCCUUAACGAUUACAAGCAUACCCAUAAGAUGAUGCAGCCACCACUAUGCUUGAAAAUAUGGAGCGUGGUGCUCAGCAAUGUUUUGUAUUGGAUUUGCCCCAAACAUAACACUUUGCCACAUUUUUUGCAGUUUUACUUUAGUGCCUUGUUGCAAAAAGGAUGCAUGUUUUGGAAUAUUUUUCUUCUGUACAGGCUUCCUUCUUUUCACUCUGUCAAUUAGGUUAGUAUUGUGGAGUAACUACAAUGUUGUUGAUCCAUCCUCAGUUUUUUCCUAUCACAGCCAUUAAACUCUAACUGUUUUAAAGUCACCAUUGGUGAAAUCCCUGAGAAGUUUCCUUCCUAUCCGGUAACUGAGUUAGGAAGGACGCCUGUAUCUUUGUAGUGACUGGGUGUAUUGAUACACCAUCCAAAGUGUCAUUAAUAACUUCACCAUCCUCAAAGGGAUAUUUAAUGUCUGCUUUUUUUUACCCAUCUACCAAUAGGUGCCCUUCUUUGCGAGGCAUUGGAAAACCUCCCUGGUCUUUGUGGUUGAAUCUGUGUUUGAAAUUCACUGCUCGACUGAGGGACCUUACAGAUAAUUGUAUGUGUAGAUAGAUGAGGUAGUCAUUCAAAAAUCAUGUUAAACACUAUUACUGCACAAAAAGUGAGUCCAUGGAACUUAUUAUGUGACAUGUUAAGCACAUUUUUACUCCUUAAAUUAUUUAGGCUUACCAUAACAAAGGGGUUGAAUACUCAUUGACUCAAGACAUUUCAGGUUUUCAUUUUUAAUUUGUAAAGAUUUGUAAAAACAUAAUUCCACAUUGACAUUAUGGGGUAUUGUGUGUAGGCCAGUGACAAAGAAAUCUCAAUGUAAUCCAUUUUAAAUUCAGGCUCUAACACAACAAAAUGUGGAACAUGUCCAGGGGUGUGAAUACUUUCUGACGGUACUGUAUAUGACUAACUGAAAGACAUCUGUCCUAUGAAAAUAGUAAUUUCACUGUUCCCUGUGAAUGUAACUCUCUUAAAAUACUUUGAUAUUGCUGCUAUCUACUGUAGGUAUUACAUUUCAUUUGAAAUAGUUUUAUUAAACAUCACGAUACACUUAAAUGCUAGAUAUUUUUUUAUAGGAAACAAAAAGUAGCUAACAAUUUUGCCUGCCAUCCAAGAAUGCACACAGACACUCAAUAAACACUGAGUAUACAAAACAUUAAGAACUUUCCAUGACACAGACUGACCAGGUGAUUCCAGGUGAAAGCUAUGAUCCCUUAUUGAUGUCACUUGUUAAAUCCACUUCAAUCAGUGUAGAUGAAGGGAAGGAGACAGGUUAAAGAAGGAUUUUUAAACCUUGAGACAAUUGAUACAUGGAUUGUGCAUGUGUGCCAUACAGAGGGUCAAUGGGCAAGACAAAAUAUUUAAGUGCCUUUGAAUGGGGUAUUAGAAAGAUGUUCAUAAUGUUUGGUAUACUCAGUGUAUGUAUGUGUGUUAACUAGGUGACUCCCACAAAAAAGAAGCAAGAAACAGCCACCCCUGAUGUUGCAAAAGACCAGGUAAGCAUGUAUUUUUAUUUUAAACAUAAUACAUUCUGAAAAAACACUAAAUCCCAUUUAAUACACGUUCUUUAGUAUACUGUAUAUUCUACAUGUAAUGUUAUGCAAUUAUGUGCCUUUGGUAAAGUCAUCUAAAAUAAUAAUGAAAGCAUUUUUUCUUGCCGCAGCCUUACUUUACCUUCAGUAGAAAGAGAACAUCUUUCUCACUGCUUACACCAACAAAGGUGAAAAAGUAACAAGUGAAACACAUCUCACUCUUACCACUUAUCAUCUUCAUCCCUUUGGUAACACAAGGCCUCAUUCAACAUUGCCGCCAUUAACAUCUACACUUGAAUUCUGUUCUGUUUCAGUAGCAACAUAUUAACCUACUGUAAGAGGCUUUUGGAUGACUGUGAUUGUGACUGUUAUUGAAUUCCGCUGAAAAAAAAGAAUAUAUUAAAUCAUUCAAAUUCAUUAUAUUUCAUCCCAAUUACGUUAAACAAGCCAAUGAUUCUUGAACCUAAAACAAGUAGUUAGUUGUGUCAGCAGUCUGCCGUAACUGGCAUCCAUCUUCUGCUGAAGGCCACACGCAGCUGAGAAGACCUGUGCAGGUCAAGGGGCACCUUCCUCAGCUGUGAAGCCUGUUGCAAAGGAUGCCACUGCAGGUCCUCUAAGCAAGCUAUUUAGACAGAAGAUACAUGAUCUCUUCACGGAACCAGAAUGGUGAUUAUUCUCCUUUUUACAUGCACUAACUAAUUGUUUGUUGUUACCAAACAUUCACAGAAAGAGGCCCAACCAACAACAACAACUACUGUGAGUACUAACUAAAUAAAUAAAUAAACAUAUAAAUAAAUCAUGUUUUGUGAGCUAUUAACUGGAUGUCGGUGAUCAACUAUUCCUAUUUUGCUUCCUUUUCCAUUGUGUGUCUCUCUCGAAUAGGCUGCACAAGUAGUGGAUGCUCCAGCAGCAGCCAAAGGAGGAAUGUCAAUCCCACCACCUCCAGCCCCACCUAAGAUGGAGGUUAAAGCAGAACUAGCUGCCCAACCUGUGACUAACACACCAAAAGAAGAACCAAAGGGUGCUGCCAAAGAACCAGAGGCCGCCAAGCCAAAAUCUGACCUCCCGUUCAGCAGACUUUUCAGCAGAAAGGUAAGCCAAUGCUGGCACUACAAGGCACUUAGAAGGAAUCUUUGGCAAAAGAAAUUCAGCAGCUGAUAACAUUCUGUAAAAGAGAACGUAAAACAUAAAUGUGUGUCAGAUUGUAACAGUUUGAUGUGAAUUUGAGGCACUGAUAGGCCUCAAGUCUAAAAUCAAGGUUAAGUCAACAAGUGGAGCCAGAGCCCCUGCCAAGCCUGCUGCAGCGGUAUGACAAUACAACAUUCAGCCAUUUUGAAACUAACAGAGUUAAGCUCACUGUGACAUCCUUCAUUUCAUUUAACUGUUUUAAAAUCAUUGCUGGGUACAAGAUCUACUAGCUACAUCAUACAGACUGCUGCCCUUUCUCUUGAGCAGAGCGUCAAGACAGAUACCAAACUAAACAGUCCCUCAGAGCAGUCCCUCAGAGCAUUCCUGUAAAUGUAGAUCCAUCCUGAUACUUCCAGUGACAUAUUGUGACAUUUCAUGGAGUUUUAUUGCUGAUGUUUUUCUCAAUGUGGAAUCAACACACUUUAGAUGGUGUUGCAAUCAGCUGGACUGAUAGCAUGGCUUGUGGAGAAUGGGCUUAGGUCUGCAUCUAUUCAUUUAUCAUCUGUGAACAUAAAUAGCAUAAUAGCAUCCCAAACAACAUCAGAAAUCCAACAUAAUCUAAUUCAGUCAUUUUAACCCAAGGAAACAGCAGACCAACUAUUAAUUUCAUACAGAAACUGAAUUAGAUUUUCAUUCUGACUGUAUGUGUGCAUGUGUGACUUUGUGUCUUUAUUUGUGUGGUGAACUGUGCUUCUACAGUCGUGGUCAAAAGUUUUGUAUUGGUCUUCACAAAGUUCGCUGCUUCAGUGUUAUGAUAUAUUUUUGUCAGAUGUUACUAUGGUACACUGAAGUAUAAUUACAAGCAUUCCAUAAGUGUCAAAGGCUUUUAUUGACAAUUACAUUACGUUUAUGCAAAGAGUCAAUAUUUGCAGUGUUGACCCUUCUUUUUCAAGACCUCUGCAAUCCGCCCUGGCAUGCUGUCAAUUAACUUCUGGGCCACAUCCUGACUGAUGGCAGCUCAUUCUUGCAUAAUCAAUGCUUGGAGUUUGUCAGAAUUUGUGGGUUUUUGUUUGUCCACCCGCCUCUUGAGGAUCGACCACAAGUUCUCAAUGGGAUUAAGGUCUGGGGAGUUUCCUGGCCAUGGACCCAAAACUUCGAUGUUUUCUUCCCUGAGCCACUUAGUUAUCACUUUUGCCUUAUGGCAAGGUGCUCCAUUAUGCUGGAAAAGGCAUUGGUCGUCACCAAACUGUUCUUGGAUGGUUGGGAGAAGUUGCUCUCGGAGGAUGUGUUGGUACCAUUCUUUAUUCAUGGCUGUGUUCUUAGGCAAAAUUGUGAGUGAGCCCACUCCCUUGGCUGAGAAGCAACCCCACACAUGAAUGGUCUCAGGAUGCUUUACUGUUGGCAUGAAACAGGACUGAUGGUAGCGCUCACUUUGUCUUCUCCGGACAAGGUGUUUUCCGGAUGCCCCAAACAAUCGGAAAGGGGAUUCAUCAGAGAAAAUGACUUUACCCCAGUCCUCAGCAGUCCAAUCCCUGUACCUUUUGCAGAAUAUCAGUCUAUCCCUGAUGUUUUUCCUGGAGAGAAGUGGCUUCUUUGCUGCCCUUCUUGACACCAGGCCAUCCUCCAAAAGUCUUCACCUCACUGUGCGUGCAGAUGCACUUACACCUGCCUGCUGCCAUUCCUGAGCAAGCUCUGCACUGGUGGUGCCCCGAUCCCGCAGCUGAAUCAACUUUAGGAGACGGUCCUGGCGCUUGCUGGACUUUCUUGGGCGCCUGAUGCCUUCUUCACAACAAUUGAACCUCUCUCCUUGAAGUUCUUGAUGAUCCGAUAAAUGGUUGAGUUAGGUGCAAUCUUACUAGCAGCAAUAUCAUUGCCUGUGAAGCCCUUUUUGUGUAAAGCAAUGAUGACGUCACGUGUUUCCUUGCAGGUAACCAUGGUUAACAGAUGAAGAACAAUGAUUUCAAGCACCACCCUCGUUUUAAAGCUUCCAGUCUGUUAUUCUAACUCAAUCAGCAUGACAGAGUGAUCUCCAGCCUUGUCCUCGUCAACACUCUCACCUGUGUUAACGAGAGAAUCACUGACAUGAUGGCAGCUGGUCCUUUUGUGGCAGGGCUGAAAUGCUGUGGAAAAGUUUUUUGGGGAUUAAGUUCAUUUUCAUGGCAAGAGGGACUUUGCAAUUAAUUGCAAUUCAUCUGAUCACUCUUCAUGACAUUCUGGAGUAUAUGCAAAUUGCCAUCAUCAAAACUGAGGCAGCAGACUUUGUGAAAAUUAGUAUUUGUGUCAUUCUCAAAACUUUUGACCACGACUGUACACACCUACCUGUGCCUUGCCAUGCAGCCCAUACAGUAGAAGGUCUAGUUGGCGUGCUAUAUGGCACAUGUUCAGAUUAACAUCAUUCUCCUCUCCUGUAGACAGUGGAACCAGUGGAGCCACAGCCAGUUGUGGAAGUACAGGUAAAAGGAGAGAACUCUUGGCAUACUCCAUCCUCACCGUGCCAUCUUUUUCUCUUUCUGUCGGGUUGCAUGGUGACUGUGGGUGUUCACGCUAUCAGUUACAGAGGAGGCUGAUGGGAGGAGCUAUAAGAGGACGGGCUCAUUGUAAUGCCUGGAAUGGAAUCAAUGGAACGGAGUCAAACACGUUGUUUCCAUGUGUUUGUAUUUGGUACCAUUCCAGUGACUCCAUUAUGUUAUGAUGAGUUUCUCUGGUAUCAAGGAAUUCAAUAUGCAAGAAGAUAUUUAACACUUAGAUGGAGAGUUGAUAAGUAUUUGAUAAGUACAAAGUAUUUAAUAGAUACGGUACCGGGUUUGCAUAACAAACGGCACGUGCGUUGCCUCUUGUCUUCCGAUCUACUAGAGAAAGAAAAUAUCUCUCUUCUUAUAGUCCCUGUUACAUAUUGCUUCAACAACAUCUGGUAACCAUCAGUUGGCACUCCCCACCCUGAUGGUAUCACCUUGUACCCAAGGCAGGAUAUUCCAUCUAUCAAUCAUUCUAAGAUAAACAACUGGAAUUCUUGGCAUUCAGACUCUGUGGCACCAUGUCCCAAUUUCAAUGUCUCACCUGAGAAGCUACCAUCUAUACCCCCCAUUCUGUCUCGUCCAUUUGCCAACCAGUAUACCAGCAACAUGAGAAAUAUUGAAUUUGAACGGAUCUCUCUCCAUGCUCACUCCACGUGGACUCCUGUCACACUCCCAAGAUACAAGCAUGAGAGAAAAUCAGUUGAUAGCUUCGAUUGGAUGCUGUACACCUGUUGCAGGUAGAAGUGGUGCUGUACAGGACCGUAUUCAAUGCCUUUGUUGCGCCUCUUCAGCUGGUUUAGAGUUUUUUUUUAGGUUAAACCGUUCUUGACCAAAUUAUCCCUGCUAUGCAUCACGACACCAUCUGUAGUUACCUCGAGAGAGGACAGAUCAUAACAGUUUGACGAUGUAUGGUCAGAGAGUGUCCUUCUGGCAGCAUACCAAUAGGGAAGCUCGAAGUCACUACUGCAAAGACACACAGACACAGACAGACACAAAAUAAAACAAUGCUACCCAAUGGCGAGGCCAUCUUCAUCUUCUGGUUUGGAACUGUCCUACAGUUGGACACAUGGAUCCAGGUAUCUGUCUCUGCCACUUUUACCAUCAUCAAGGUAGUCAGCAACACCUAGUUCGGGCCCCUCCACUUAGGGUCUUUCCAGAUCUUUCUUCUGUAGUCUUUUACUGCCACAAAGUCUCCAGGGUGCAGACAAUGCUCAGAUUCUCCUGCUAGAUUGGGCAGAGAAACCUUCACCCGUGGGAAGAAAGUCUUAAUAACAUUGUUAGGUGAGACACAGUAUGCUACUGUACCAUGUAUUCUCAUCAGUCAGGAGAAGCCUUGAGAUUAGGAAGUGCACAUUCAUAGACAAGCCCCCUACUUUGUUUCCUGCCACACAUACAUUUACACAUAAAACAUUCCAUCUAACCCAUAACACAUUAAUUACUACUGCUGAUAUUCUUAGUACAAUUCGCAUAUUUACCAAAAGGCCCCAGGGGACCAGUAAUUCCCCCCUUUGGACACAUGACUCACAUUGUGAUUCAUGUGUUCAAAAAAUUAAACAACAACAUUGCCUGUUAAACCAAAAUAAUACAUUAAAUUAGAAUGACAACCCUUGAUAACGUCUUAAAUUAAUUGUAUCCCAUAAGGUAAUUCAGGAAUAGUAAAAUUGACACUCUCUCUCUGUCCUUGUCAUGGUCCGAAUCACAAAUAUGGCUAUGAACUAUAAACUCCUUCAUAAUUAUCAGUGUUUACAUAUUACAUUUAAAUCUCACACAAUGUUUGUAGGCUUUCUAGUGAGGGUGAUCAGGCCUCACCAGAAAGUCAGAACAGAGGUCAGAGGUAAUUGAAAUCCUUCAAAUAAGUGUUUCAUUCUAUAGUAGACUAAUCAUUAACAACAGUCAAAAGAUUUCAUACAUUUCGUAUCCCAAGUGUACAGUAAGUCCUCAGUACAGUUCUUUUCAAAAUAAAUCACAUAUGUUUAAUUAAAACUCACUCAGAAAAUAAAACUUCAAAACCCACUAAACAAAAUGAAAUAGUCCACUCAGUCAAACAUGUUUUAACACCACUACCAAAUAUACAUAACAAGUGUAUUGUGUGGUUAUUUGCAAACCAUAUGGUAAACAAAACAAACAGAAAUAAAUAAAAUAAAAUGGUCAGGCCUUGUUUUAUUUGGUAGAUCCCUUCACUGCCUACUCCGGAUAUCUUACUACUUAUAAAACUGCCAAAUUUAACUAACAUCUCUCCCCAAGACCACAUACUCGGGAACAUCUGAAAAAGAUAAUGAAACCCCCUUCUCCUGUAAGAAAAAGUAUAGAUAUUGUUAACAUUCACUCUAAAUCAUUAACGAUCAUGACGAUGAUAAUUCCACUAUCUUCCCUCACAUCUUAAUCGAUGUUUACAUUUAAUUCCUCAUUACUACUCCAGAAUAAGAUGACCUAAAAUCUCUCACAAGAUGAAAACCACCCAAAGUUCUCUGAUUUUGCAGUGAGUAUUUUUUAUUGAUUACCCUUUAGACUCCACUGUCCGUAAUUCACACAAGGAUUAUUCAACCCCAAAAUCGGCUCCAUUUGCUCCAUGUCAAAUUAUCGUGGUAUCGUUACUGGAUCAACAAAAUAGGUAAUAGCUGUUUCGCCUUAGAUUGUUCCUGUCAACCCUCUGCAUGUCAUAUUUUAUUCAGUCGGCAAUAUAAUCAAUUACUACGCGUAAGGAAUCAAUGAUAUUUUAUCUCAUAGCUUUUAUUUAAAAGGUUGUUUGAGACGUUGUCUCCUACUUUUCCCUUAACAUACAUACUAUAGGGGACUUCCAUCAGUCCUGAAAAAUAGACUCCCACUCAAGACACAUUAGAUAAUACCGUGUUCCAUUAAGUGUAAUAUACACCUUCUAAACUAACAAACCCAUAACUACUUUCUGGUAAUCUUGUUGCAAUGAUUUAGUAACAAAUAUAAAUGUGUUGUUUAAUCAAUCCAGAACCUACAAAAAGUUGGUGCUGUCCCAUCAGCGUAAUAGUCAAAACUACCUGAAAUCCACUGUUCCAUGUAACGGAAACAGAUUAUCAUCUUUAGAAUUCAGUAACUGCUUGCAUAAAUCACUGGUGUUACGCAACUAUAGAAUUGAGUAAUAAUAAUUAGAAAUCAUUUUAAAAAAUCCCUAUUCAACUAUUCAGAUCUCUGCUUCAAAUUUCCCACUACAUCCUUACACCAGCGGCGUAAAACAUGGCAUUAGUAAAGCCUAUCCACAAACCACCAAUAACUAAUAGCAUAUUUGCAUUCACCUUGUUAGCAAACAUUAUUGUCAUUCCAGUCUACACAAACAAUUCAAUUCUACAUUCUCAUUUCCCAAUUACAUUAGCUCUUUAAUGAUAAUUAGUUUGAUGGAAACCCUAAAUUGGCUUUGUACUAUAUUAUAAGUGACAUCGUUAAUUUCCAAACCUUAUGGGCAGUUUUCUCUUACAUGUUGUACCCGGAUGGAGAAAAUCCCAUAAGCCUUACUAGUUACAUGUACAUCAUUAGGUUAAGUCAGUUCCCUAUGUUAUCCAAAAAGUGGACAUACGCGAAUCCAUUGUCUAAGACUAUUACCCCUAGUUUGUAGGCAGUCACAUAAUGCUUAACCUUAUCUCUAUCAAAUGAUCCAUAAAUGGCACCAACUCAGAAAACGUUUAUUUAUUGUUUCCCACCCCUCACGUACGUCUAUGUUUUGGGUGCGCAAGUUAGCAUAUAUUAAUAUUAUUACAAUUAUGACUUUAUGAAAUCUCUAUUAAUUGAUUACACACACAUAAAAUUCAUCAUAUUUUCACAUAUUUACAUAAUCCAUAUAGAACGUUAGAAACUCCUAGGUAAUCACAUCAACCAAUCCCUUUGUGUUUUUAACGAUUCUCAAUCGACACAAAUCAGCUUCUUAAACAUACUCCCAGCGGAACCAAAAAACAGACUUUAGCUUCCCGGACACUGCCCUGCCUGUCAUGGGAUCCUCCCAGAAAAUACAGACUUUCCACUACUUUGUAAAACACCAUCCCUGCUAUCAAUACCACUGCUUGAUCUUCUAUGACCUAAUUCUGUUAUAUAUCGAAACUUAUUAUCCAAACUUGUAUCAAAUUAUCAUACACAUUUCUAUAACUUAUAAUGCACACUUCAGAUUAAAAUUAAUUUCUGCUCUCUGUUCAUAAGGUAGCCUAUGUUGUUCCAUUCAAUUACUUAACUUCGUUAGCUGACCUUUGCUCCUUAUUAAUUAUAUUUCCAGGCCAUCAUGUGCUCAUUAAAUCCCAUGCUUUAUACGCCAAUUUCUUAUAAUCUAAAUCCCAUUUCGUGUUGCUUACUGCGAUAUUGUCAAUUAUAUAUUUUCACGCUAUCUGUAACUUAUCCCUUUUAAAACUACCAUCUUGAGGAUACUCAUUAUCUGUCCAUGCUGAUAAAUCACUGAGAUAUGGUUCCACAUAGAAAAAUCCUAAUUUUCUUAACAUCCAUUCGUGCGAUGUGUGAUUUUCUAUACUUUUAAAAGAGACAUGUUUUAAAUGCGGAUUUGUCUGCAAUAAUUUCAUCAUUUCCUUUCUUUGUCUUCGAGGCAAAUCAAGCUCUGAUUUAUUCUUAAUUGUGAUUGUCUUGCCAGAUACCGGUCUACUGAGUUGGCUCCCCAAUGUUUUUAUAUUAGUUAAUGCAAUGUUAGUAAUUAAAUGUUUGAAUCAAAUCCCCAUCUUGUUCUUCUUUGUUUGUUUUUUUAACAUUUUGUUUGUCUAUUUAGCCAGUGGUGCCGUAAUCCAAAAUGUUAAAUUGUAGCUGCAGUAUUAGUUAUGGUUUUCUUUCUCUCUUGCCCGUCUUGAGUAAUUCACAAAGGACUAAUUCUCUCUUAUAGGGAUUUUACAAAGGACUCUAACCUUUACUCAAACCUAACACUUUAUGAUGAUUUUUACACACCAAAGGACUCAAACCUAUAUUUUUAUAUCUUUAUAAUGUCGUACACAUUAAAGGACUCAAACCUAAAACUUUAUGACGAUUGUACACACCAAAGGACCCAAACCUAUAUUGUUCUAUCUUUAUAAUGUCGUACACAUUAAUGGACUCAAACCUAAUCUUGUUAAACCCACUCUCCUUCUCCUCUGUUGUUUUUACUCAUUACUCUGAACACACCCUGUUUUGAAUCAUAGCACCAUGUCAUUGUCUAAUUUCAUAUUUCUCCCUACAUCUCUUUAAAUAACUCAAUACAACUAAUCUUCCCCCUCAAAAAUAUUGAAUUUUAAAUGUUAUUUACAGCUCAGCUUUACCACAGAUAAGCAGAGUUUAACACAAUCCAAAAAAUGAAGGUCUGCUUACCUGUCGGUUAGGCCGUAAACUGUAUCCCGUUUGUAGACGCCAAUCUGUUAUGAUGAGUUUCUCUGUUAUCAAGGAAUUCAAUAUGCAAGAAGAUAUUCAACACUUAGAUGGAGAGUUGAUACAAAGUAUUUAAUAGAUAUAGUACCGGGUUCGCAUAACAAACGGCACAUGCGUUGCCUCUUGUCAUCCGAACUACUAGACAAAGAAAAUAUCUCUCUUCUUAUAGUCCCUGUUACAUAUUGCUUCAACAACAUCUGGUAACCAUCAGUGGGCACUCCCCACCCUGAUGGUAUCACCUUGUACCCAAGGCAGGAUAUUCCAUCUAUCAAUCAUUCUAAGAUAAACACCAGUAAGCUCCCUCAACAUACUGGCAUUCUUGGCAUUCAGACUCUGUGGCACCAAGAGUUACCUAUCUAAUGGAUUUAACCUCGUUCCUACAACACUGUGAAACCACGUCAAAUCACAUUCCUUCCAUUACAAUGAGCACAUCCUCCUAUAGCUCCUCUCACCAGCCUCCUCUGAUCAGUUACAAGUUGUUUCAUUCAUCUCAUCAAUACGGUGGCACUAAGGGGCAAAGUACAUCAUAUCUCUUUUACAGUACCAGUUUUGGUACCUGAGUGGAGAUUUUCAUCCCCCUCUUAUCUGUUUAGUGGGUUCUUUUCUGGUUCUUCCAGGUGGCGGACUCUUGUUUCUAAUGGGCUCUCACACCUUCCUUAAUCCUGACAAUGGUUUAUAAUUAAGUUUUCUCUUUUGCUAUUUCGAUAAAGAAGGUAGACUCCUCAAAGAUGGCCACUCUGGAGGCCUCUGCCAAACCAGAACCACCACCACCUGCACCAGAGGAAGAGAAGACACCUGCUGCAUCCAAAGCCUCUCCUUUCACUUCCUUUUCUCUUUUCAAGGUAAAGCAGACAUUUUACUCAUAUCUCACUUUGGUUCUCAACGGGAACUACACAUGAAAUGUCAUUUUGGAAAGACAGGAAAAUGUGUAAAUGUGAUAAACAAUAACGGAAUGGUGUGAUAAUUUGAGGACCUGCUAAACCAAAUGGCCUCAAAAGUCCAGACAGCUUCAACAAGUGGAGUCCGACUCCUCAAGAAACCUUUCAAAGGGGUAAAUGACCAUACUUGCCAGCCAGUGUGAAAUUAACAAGAGUGAUCUCACUGAGUUCAGCUUAUGCUAUGCUGGUACUACCAUAUUGAAGUAUCCUGCACAAAUAAUGAAAUAUCCUCCAUAAAUAAUGUAUAUUAUUUGGUACAGCAAUUGAGAUGUUGCAUACACAUGAUCCGAAAACAGCUGGUAGUGAUACUUUCUAAUAUCUCAUCAUUUUAUCAUCUUUACCAGCCAUAACAAUGCUCCCAUUUAUGUAGUCACUAUUUCAUUGCAUCAGUUGUGCUCAUGUAUUGUGCUAGUCAGUGUGUUAAUGUGUGUGCUCAGCUUUUUUAACUGGUGAGAGCAAGGAGGCAACAUCAUAAUUAAGCUUCCUUUUGGAUCGAAACUUGGAAGCCCAAUGGCUUUCAGAUGAACAUUAAAUGACUCAAAUUAUACUUUGAAAUGUAUCUCUUGAUUAUUUGUCAUAAUUCAAUCAGGCUGCUGAGCCGAAAAAGGAAGCCCCUGCCCCAGCUGCAGAAGCGGUAGCUGGCCCAAGUGUAGCCAAGGAUGAACCAAAGGCCCCAGAGGCCCCUGCUGUGGACAGCAAGCCCGUGUCAGGGCCCUCCGAAGGUGUGGAGAAUUCCCCCGUCCUCCCUAAGAGACUGGAGAAGAGGAACUCCAUCCACUUGUUCUUCAAAAACCUGGUAGGCUGAAUUUGCAAUCCCUCUCAUAGCCAAAUUUGCAACCAGUAUAUGGCCUCGGCAACUCCCCAUGACUAUGAACUGUACUUCACUACGAAAUGUCAUUGAAAGAUAUUGCUUUGGGCAAAGUCAUGUGAGGAAAGCAAAUAUAGGUUAUUCCAUGCAGUUUGAGCUACACUGAUGACCAAAAUGACCCUUCCCUUUCCUUGCAGGGCAAACGGCAGACAGAUGCUGGAGUACAAACAGAACCAGAGAAGACCAAAUAAAACGGAAACACCCUUUCAAACCUCACAUGUCAUAUUUUUGCCAAACAAAAUUAAUCUGGAAAUGAACUUUUUGUUUGUUAGAUACAUUAUGUUUCUGGUCACACUACUGAAGGGAUGAUGGUAAGAGCAAGUGGUUUGAGGGGGAGAGGUGGACUGUGGACUGGUCUGUUCUAGUCUAAUCUGUGUGGAGGAUUUCAGAGAAUUGUUCUUUGUGGAGGAGGUAAAAUAUAUAUUUUUUUCUGGUUCAAAGGCUUGAUAGGUAGAGAAAAGUGUGGUUUUGUGACGUAUACUGAGAGCAAAAUCCAUUUUCUAUACAGUAUUUACCCUUGUUUUAACACACGUCAAACUCAUUCCACGGGGGGCCGAUCGUCUGCUGGUUUUUGCUCCUCCCUUGAUUGAUUGAUUGAUUGAUGAAUUAAGGUCACUA